GGCUGGCCCUGCGGCGGGGACAUGGCCGCCGCCGGCAAGGAGCCCCCGCAGCUGCAGCGGCUGCUGGAGCGGGACCCCUACCUGGCGCCCUUCCGGACCGACUUCCAGCGCAGGUAUUCUCUCUUUUACAACCACUUGAAGAACAUUGAGGAAUGUGAAGGAGGCCUUGAUGAAUUUACAAAGAGUUACAAAACCUUUGGAGUUAACCAGCUUCUGGAAGGUGGAAUAUAUUGCAGGGAGUGGGCCCCAGGAGCAGAAGCGGUGUUUCUUGCAGGUGACUUCAAUGGCUGGAAUCCUUUUUCCCAUCCAUAUAAGAAGUUGGAAUAUGGGAAGUGGGAGUUGUUCAUUCCACCUAGAGAAGAUGGUUGUCCUGCUGUGCCCCAUGGAUCAAAGCUAAAGGUGGUGAUUCGUGCUCAGAACGGCGCCCUCCUCUAUCGUAUUUCACCUUGGGCAAGAUAUGUAGUCCGUGAUGAAGACAAAGUGAAUUAUGAUUGGGUGCACUGGAAUCCACCACAGUCAUAUAUACAUAAGCAUCCUUCCCCCAAGAGGUUAAAAAGCCUAAGAAUCUAUGAAUCUCACGUGGGGAUUGCUUCCCCAGAAGGCAAAGUAGCUUCUUAUAAAAACUUCACACACAAUGUAUUACCCAGAAUAAAGGAUCUCGGAUAUAACUGUGUCCAGCUGAUGGCUAUUAUGGAACAUGCAUACUAUGCCAGUUUUGGUUAUCAGGUCACAAGUUUCUUUGCAGCAUCAAGCCGCUACGGAACUCCAGAUGACCUGAAGGAGAUGAUUGAUGUCGCUCACUCCAUGGGCAUCACGGUUCUGCUGGAUGUUGUGCACAGCCACGCCUCAAAAAACUCGGAGGAUGGUCUCAACCAGUUUGAUGGGACGGAUUCCUGCUUCUUCCAUUCUGGCUAUAGAGGAAACCAUCAGCUCUGGGAUAGCAGGCUCUUUGACUAUGCAAACUGGGAAGUCUUGAGGUUCCUUCUGUCUAAUUUGAGGAUGUGGAUUGAAGACUAUCGCUUUGAUGGGUUCCGCUUUGACGGUGUUACAUCUAUGUUGUAUCACCAUCAUGGGAUUGGCACAGGGUUCAGUGGAGAUUACAAUGAGUAUUUUGGCCUACACGUGGAUGAAGAUGCUUUGUGCUAUCUGAUGCUGGCCAAUCACAUGAUUAAGUUCUUGCAUCCGGAAUGCAUAACCAUAGCAGAGGAUGUUUCUGGAAUGCCAGCACUUUGUCGUCCUGUCGAAGAGGGAGGAGGGGGCUUUGAUUAUCGACUGGCCAUGGCUAUCCCGGACAAGUGGAUACAGAUAAUUAAAGAGCUGAAAGAUGAAGACUGGAAUAUGGGCAAUAUUGUGCAUACGUUAACAAACAGACGGCAUGAAGAAAAAUACAUUGCUUAUGCAGAGAGUCAUGACCAGGUAUUAUAUCUGUAUAUAAGAA